AUGCAAGUGUAUGUGGCUGUCAUCUUCGCUUAUGGAGUGUCCGCACUCAAUAUCACAGAGGAAAAGGCGAUAUGUCCCCUUGGAUAUUUUCCUUGUGGCAACCUGACCGUGUGCCUCCCUCAGCUCAUGCACUGCAAUGGCAUCAAUGACUGUGGAAAUCAAGCAGAUGAGGAGAACUGUGGAGAUAACAAUGGAUGGCCCCAUCUUUUUGACAAGUAUUUUGGAAUGCCCAGCCAUAACACUGGGACCAAGUCCAAUGUAUGCCUGCUGGGUGUCGUUCCAGAGCUCUGCCAGUGCCGAGACCUUGAGUUGGACUGUGAUGGAGCACAGCUGCAAGACAUCCCAGUGGUGGCAAUGAAUGUCACCAUGAUGUCCCUACAAAGGAACCGGCUUCAGAAACUGAGAGCAAACACAUUCUUCAAGUACCAGAACCUGCAGAAACUAUAUCUCCAGUACAACCGAAUCCGAGAUGUGAGCCCCGAUGCAUUCAGAGGGCUGCACAAUCUGACAAGACUAUAUCUGAGCUACAACAAGAUAUCUGUCCUGAUGCCGGGAGUGUUCAAGGACCUGCACAAGCUGGAGUGGUUGAUCCUAGAAAAUAACAAUAUCCAUCAAAUCUCCUCCAUGACCUUUUCAGGGCUGAACUCGCUUGUUUUACUGGUUUUGUUGAACAACUCUUUGACAAAGCUUGAUGACAUCUGUCGUGAAAUGCCAAGACUGAACUGGCUGGAUUUGGAGGGAAAUCUCAUUGAAACCAUUGGAAAUGCCUCAUUCUGCUCAUGCAGUGUGAUGACAGUUCUGGUUCUACAGGGAAACAGGAUCAGCCAUAUACAUGAACAGGCUUUCUCAGUCCUUCAGAAGCUUGGAGAACUGGAUCUAUCCAACAACAGACUGGUGGCAAUCCCUCCCAAUCUCUUUGUCUUACUAGGAGAUUUGCUCCAACUGAAUAUAUCAUACAAUCCCAUCGUGGAGCUCCAAGUUGACCACUUUGACAAGUUACAUAAACUGAAAUCACUGAGCAUUGAGGGGAUAGAAAUAGGAAACAUACAAUGCCGGAUGUUUGAACCUCUUAAAUACUUGACUCAUAUCUACUUCAAGAAGUUCCAGUAUUGCGGCUAUGCUCCUCAUGUGCGCAGCUGCAAGCCCAACACUGACGGCAUCUCUUCCUUCGAGGACCUGCUCGCCAACAUUGUGCUGAGGGUCUUUGUCUGGGUGGUCUCUGCCACAACCUGCUUUGGCAACGUCUUCGUCAUCUGCAUGCGCUCGUACAUCCGCUCCGAGAACAAACUCCAUGCCAUGUGCAUCAUCUCCCUCUGCUGUGCAGACGGACUGAUGGGCAUCUACCUCUUCAUGAUCGGUGCAUAUGAUCUAAAGUUCCGAGGCGAGUACAACCGGCACGCUCAGGCCUGGAUGGACAGCAAUCAAUGUCAGGUCAUCGGCUCCUUGGCCAUGCUGUCCACCGAGGUAUCUGUCCUGCUCCUGACCUACCUCACUCUGGAGAAAUACAUCUGCAUCGUCUAUCCCUUCCAGUACUUGACACCUGGCUGGCGACGAACUGUAACCAUCCUUCUGGGGAUAUGGGUGUUCGGUUUUAUCAUUGCCUUCCUGCCUCUUGCUUGCAAGGGCUUGUUUCGAAAUUUCUACGGGACCAAUGGUGUUUGCUUUCCGUUGCACUCUGAGCAACCAGAGACGCUGUGGGCUCAUGUUUACUCCAUCGUCAUUUUCCUAGGUCUGAACUUGGUGGCGUUUCUCAUCAUUGUCCUGUCAUACGCAAGCAUGUUUUAUAACAUUCAGAGAACAGGCACUCAAACCACGAAAUACAGCAACCACAUCAAGAAGGAGGUGACCAUCGCCAAAAGGUUCUUCUCUAUCGUCAUUACUGACUCCCUCUGCUGGAUCCCAAUAUUCAUCCUCAAGAUCCUGUCACUGCUGCAGGUGGAGAUUCCCGGUACCAUCAGCUCCUGGGUGGUUAUAUUUAUUCUCCCUAUCAACAGCGCCCUAAACCCCAUCCUUUACACGUUGACCACACGACCUUUCAAAGAGACCAUCCUGCAGGUGUGGGCUAACUACAGGCAGAGGAGGCCUCUGCUCAGUGGUCAUCCAGUUCAUCAUCCGUCACUCACCUGGCAGGAAGUGUGGCCCCUGCAGGAGAACAGCCAGGGCCUCAACCCCGGGCACCCACUGGAAAUGACAGGGAUGCUAGCCAAGCUCACCCCUGUGGAAAAUACCAAUGAGGGAUACAAUGACAUUAACGUACACCCACAGCAGCAACAGAAGCAACAUACAGUCCUGUCUGUAUGCUCACAGAAACAAACAAUGCCACAUUCACUUUCUCACACACACACAUACAAACAAAUGAAUGAACUCAUGUAGGUGUGUAACCACAGAGCUCUGUGGGUGUGUUUGUAAUGUC